CUACCAAAACCGCAUUAUGUAUCCAUACCAAUGACAUACGAGGCUCAUCAUAGGCUCACGUGGUCUGACGUGAACUUCUAUUCUCUAGCAUAAGCAGCAAGUCCUAUGCUUGUCGGCGACGAGGCGCCGGCAUUGUUUGAUGAUUAGAUAAUUCAUCAUCUGGCAAGUAUAAGAAGGGCGACAUUUCGUCCAAUUUCCAGCUCUAUUUUUGAGCACCAACACAAACGGUUUACGCACUUGACUUCAUUAUUCAAUCAAUCUCCAACACUCAACAUCAAUUCAAAAUGCAGUUUUCUAACCUUCUCAUCGCUGGCCUUGGCCUCAUCGCCGGAUCCCAGGCCCAGCCUGUCGAGGAACGUGGCGUUGUCGCCCACAUCACCUUCCACGGCGGCCCUGCCUCGUACCAGCUAUCCGUUCCCGCUGAUGGAACCCCAGUCCCAACCAACAACGGUAUCUCUGUCGAUACCAUUGACGCCGACUACAAUAUUCGGGAUCUGUGCACGUUUGCCACCUCUGGCCCACAGACCUUGGUUGGGUCGACCACUCACCUCACAGUCGGUCCCCCUCAGCCAAUUCUCAGCGUGACCUGCUGGAAGUCUUAAGCAACCUCAUAUGGCGAUGGACAGCCGAGCAUACUUGACGCUUCGUCUUCAGUUAGGGUAGGAAACUCUUCCCACGACAAUCUUAAGAGUUGGCAUACGAUUCGAGCUGUGGAUUAGCGAUUGAGAUUAGAUAUUAUGUUCAACAGGACUGCUGGCCCCUAAAUUCUCUGUCAUAUCCACAUAAACAUAGCCAAUAUUAAAUAUAUGUGUGAUAUAC